AUCCGACACAGACACCAAGUUGUACGUCAAAUCGCGUCAGGUCGUUCUCGACUGAAAACAAAAUCCUAAAUCAGUUUAGCGACCAAACCGCAAUCAAGAGGAAAUUCGCGGAAAUUUGGUAUUUGAGUUUUGAAAAUUUCGAAAGUUUGGAAUUAACCGACAGAUCAGUGCUCAUCGAACAUAAACGGACGCGCCCACAACAAGUGCAACAACGAAGAAAAAAGCUUAACACAUCAAAAUCGAAUAACACAAAACACAAUGGCAACGCAAAUACCAUCGACUUCAGUAACCAGCCCGAUACCAUCGGCACCACCGUUUGAACCAGACAUUGAAAAUAUACAACACAAUGAAACAACAUCAUCGACCACAAAAGAUUCAACGAAAAACUCAGAAUCAAAAGAUACCAGCGACACAUCAAAGGACGGCGAUGAAGAGAAAAAGGAUGAUUCCAUGUUUGAAUGUAAUAUUUGUCUAGAUACGGCCAAAGAUGCUGUGGUGAGUUUGUGUGGACAUUUAUUCUGUUGGCCAUGUUUGCAUCAAUGGCUUGAGACAAGACCCACACGAAAAUUGUGUCCAGUUUGUAAGGCGGCUAUUAGUAAGGAGAAGGUUAUUCCGUUAUAUGGUCGUGGCAGUACACAACAGGAGGAUCCAAGAACAAAAGUCCCACCCCGACCAGCUGGACAGCGUACAGAACCGGAGCAGGCUCCAGGAGGAUUCAGAUUCACGGGUGAUGGAGGUUUUCACAUGUCGUUCGGUAUUGGAGCAUUCCCAUUCGGAUAUUUUGCGUCGUCGUUCAAUCUUGGCGAACCACGACCAAAUCCUUCACCCCGUGGAACGAUGCAAUACGACGAUGAGCAGCAGUUAUCGAAAUUAUUCCUUUAUUUAGCCGUUAUUUGUAUUUUCUGGUUACUUUUCGCAUAGCACGUGACAGAUAUUUCUUACGGCGCGAAAAACUUUUCUCUGAUCUUUAUUUAAUCAAAAUGAACCUAUUCUUUGUAUGACUAUUCAUUUCUUAUCGAUUUUGGAUUGAAUUCGGACUCUCAAGAAGUUACCAAAAAAAAAAAGGGGAAAGGAAACAUUGAUCAAGUUGACAAUUGUGAAAGGCUGUGCGUUUCAAGUUUUCAAAAGAGUUGUGUUUCCUUUUCAUUUGAUGUUAAAAUGCCACCGAGACUUCUGGCUAUGGAGCAGGUAUGCCAGAGGUGAAAGUUCAAAAUUGAAGUAUUUCGAUAAAUCUAUUUUCAAAUGUGCAACUAUCAUGUCAGCUCUAUUCAGAAUGAAAACAUAUGUUUCUCGUUGUCCUAGUUUUAAUUUUUUGUUAUUAUACGUUUGGAAGCAAGCAGAGGGCCUGGUUUUGAGAGUUGUGGGGGAGUUGUUUUCCAGCAUUAUCAAUUGAAUUAGAUACGCACACAUCCAGGCAAGAAACAGUCAAAUCUUAUCAACAAUCAAUCACUUUUAAAUGCAUCAAGCAAGGGUUUUUACUACAAAAUUUAGGUGAACUGGAAAACGAAAAGAUUUUCUAGCCCUGGGGGUCAGAAUCAAUAUGAUUCCCAAGAUUUAGACGACACCUGCUCACAAUAGAGUGUUAAAUAGUUCUCCUGUUCUGGAUCUCGUAGCCAUAUUUCACCGAGAUAACACCCCUACUGAACAGCACUUGGAAACCAGGUUCUUUCCUUAACGCGAUUAUGCAUUUAACUAUUUAAUUGACACGUAUAAGUUUUACACAAUCAGUUAGAACAAGAUCACCAAACAUUUGGAGAAUAAUUCCAGGAAAAUGCAAGCAGAAGUUCUGUGUGUAUGUUUGAUUUUGGGUGGAGAAGUUCAAAGUGAGGAGUUGUGAAAUAAUGAUUUCGCUAGUCAUUAUUUACCGGGGGGAUGUGGAGAUUUUAGUUGUUGUUCCGACUUUAUUUGAUUUUAGGUUAAUAAGAAGCAAAAGGUAUAUAAUUAAAUGAUAAGAAAUAAAGUUACGUUUAAACCAAAA